AUGGCCUCCGCUCGUGUUGUCGCUUCCAGAAUCGCCUCCUCCAUGGGCACCAAGGUCGCUCGACCUGCCAUGCGAGCUCAGUUUGCCAGCGCUGCCGGCAAGCGAACCAUCACCAACAAUGCCACUCCCUUCCAGGCCGUCAAGCGCCAGCAGGCCUCCAAGAUCCUGAGCUCGACCACCCGCGCUUUCCAGCAGACUCCCCGCCGAGCCUACUCUUCCGAGAUCGCCCAGGCCAUGGUUGAGGUCUCCAAGAACUUGGGUAUGGGUGCCGCCGCCAUUGGUCUGACUGGUGCUGGUAUCGGUAUUGGUCUUGUCUUCGCCGCUCUUCUCAACGGUGUUGCCCGCAACCCUGCUCUCCGUGGCCAGCUCUUCUCUUACGCCAUUCUGGGUUUCGCCUUCGUCGAGGCCAUUGGUCUGUUCGAUCUCAUGGUUGCCCUCAUGGCCAAGUUCACUUAA